AAACAAAAACCGGGCCUGCACCCGCCUACGCGGCGGGGCUUACGCCUAGAGGGUUCACCCGCCUCGCACACCCUGCACUGGGCCGCGACACCGAGACGCAGGGAUUUGUAGAACGUGAGGCCACGAGGCUAGGUCUUCCCGCUUGCCUCCGGUCCUCACCUUCCCGUGGGCGCGCGGGGCUAGCGCCCGGCUCCGUUUAAAGCCUUCCUUCCCUCCCCCCAACCCCCUAUAAAAGUCCAGGGCGGCGCGGCAGCGGCACUGCUGCUCUCCCGGCCUCCCGCACUGCUCCGGCCCGGCCCGGCCCGGCCCGGCCCGCCCCGUCUGGCCAGCUGGACAGGCCCGGCCGCACUGCGCGGACACCCUUUCCCUGCUCCGGCCCGCAGUGCGGGGCGGCACGCUGGGGGCGCGGUGUGUCUGGGGACAUCUUGUGAUGUUGGCGAGAACAGGACAUGAUCUCACAUGGCGAGAAGCUCUUUAGUUCCUUAAUCAUUUCACGGUGCCUUCGGACGCUUUUUUUCCACCUAAAACGUUUAGUUUCAGCUCAGUGAUCAGCUACCCCAGCUCGGCGGGGGAGCGGAAGGCUUGAAUUAUUCCGACCUGUGAGCGGUCCCUGGCACCAAAAAAAAAAAAAAGAAAAGAAAGAAAGAAAAGAAAGAAAGAAAGAAAGAAAGAAAGAAAGAAAGAAAGAAAAGAAAAGAAAAGAAAAGAAAAGAAAAGAAAGAAGGAAAGAAAAAAAAAGAAAGGAAGAAAAGGAAAAGGAAAAAAGAAAAGAAAAGAAAAAAGAAACAAAAAAGUGGAAACUUUUUUCCCCUGUUAACUUCAAGUUCUGAAAAAAUCAAAAUGGAUUUAGAGAAAAAUUACCCGACUCCUCGGACCGGCAGGACAGGCGCAGCUCUCGGCGAUCUCCAGCGGAGCAGCUCUGAGAGAGGCCCCGGAGCUCCAGCAGCGUUUUCUGAGCCCAGGUCGCACAGUACCCGGCCUGGCGGCAGGGCUCCCUAGCCGCGCUGGGCAGCCCCUUGGCGCCGGGAGGCGGCGGCGUCGGCCGGCCUGCAGUCUGGAGCGCCCCGAUGGAAAUACACUGUAAGCACGACCCGUUUGCAUCCAUGCAUAGACAUGGAGGAGUGAAUCAGCUUGGGGGGGUUUUUGUGAAUGGACGGCCACUCCCGGAUGUAGUCCGCCAAAGGAUAGUGGAACUCGCUCAUCAAGGUGUCAGGCCCUGUGACAUCUCAAGGCAGCUUCGAGUCAGCCAUGGUUGUGUCAGCAAAAUUCUCGGCAGGUAUUAUGAGACGGGGAGCAUCAAGCCUGGAGUAAUUGGAGGAUCCAAACCAAAGGUCGCCACGCCCAAAGUGGUGGAAAAAAUCGCUGAGUAUAAACGCCAAAAUCCCACCAUGUUUGCCUGGGAGAUCAGGGACCGGCUGCUGGCGGAACGAGUGUGUGACAAUGACACAGUGCCCAGCGUCAGUUCCAUCAACAGGAUCAUCCGGACGAAAGUACAACAACCACCCAACCAGCCAGUCCCAGCUUCCAGUCACAGCAUAGUGUCCACGGGCUCCGUGACGCAGGUGUCGUCGGUGAGCACGGACUCGGCCGGCUCCUCGUACUCCAUCAGCGGCAUCCUGGGCAUCACGUCCCCCAGCGCCGACACCAACAAGCGCAAGAGGGAUGAAGGUAUUCAGGAAUCUCCAGUGCCCAACGGUCACUCGCUGCCGGGCAGAGAUUUCCUCCGGAAGCAGAUGCGGGGAGACCUGUUUACGCAGCAGCAGCUGGAGGUGCUGGACCGCGUGUUUGAGAGGCAGCACUACUCGGACAUCUUCACCACCACGGAGCCCAUCAAGCCCGAACAGUGGUGCCCCGUGCUGAUGAGACAAUACUUGGUGCAGCCCCAGGCAGUCCUUUUCCAGACCACUGAGUAUUCAGCGAUGGCCUCGCUGGCUGGAGGGCUGGAUGACAUGAAGGCCAACCUGACCAGUCCCACCCCUGCCGACAUCGGGAGCAGCGUGCCUGGGCCACAGUCCUACCCCAUUGUGACAGGCCGUGACUUGGCGAGCACGACCCUCCCCGGGUACCCUCCGCACGUCCCCCCCGCCGGACAGGGCAGCUACUCAGCACCGACGCUGACAGGGAUGGUGCCUGGGAGUGAGUUUUCCGGGAGCCCCUACAGCCACCCUCAGUAUCCCUCGUACAACGACUCCUGGAGGUUCCCCAACCCGGGGCUGCUCGGCUCCCCGUACUAUUACAGCGCUGCGGCCCGAGGAGCUGCCCCACCUGCGGCCGCCACUGCCUACGACCGUCACUGACCCUCGGAGCAAGGCGGGCGCCAAGCACUUAUAAUACAUAUCACUGAGGGCAAUAGCCUCUCAGCCCCUCCGAAGACAGCCAGAGGGGCCCAGUGAGACCAUCCCCCAGCAAUCCCCUCUCGCCUGAAACUCCCUCCCAACCUUCUCCUGCCAGGGAGCUGGGGUUCUAUGGUAAGGCCAUUGGACUUCUAGACACACGUCCAUUUCUAAGAGUCAAUCAGUGAGCUUCUCCCAACAGCAACCAGGUCUCUGCAAAGCCACAGACUAUUCUGAAGACAACUGUAGCCCUAGCCUAGCCUGCCAGACCCCAGCUGACUGACCAUCCACCUGUCUUCCUGCCCCAGGCCUGGGAAGGAGAGCUUGCUUUUGUCACUUCAACUGCACCCGUGUAAAUACCUUCUUGCUUUUUUGUGGGCCUGAGGGUCCAACUGAGCAGACUGCCCAUCCAUUAUGCAUCCAGUACUCCUGAUGUGUCACAGGACAUCUUAGACCUGUGUGCAGAGCAUCCCCUCUGUCCUGGCUGUCCCGUACAGGUGGGCUCGGAGUUGUCCUUGAGACUAAGGAUGCCCACCUCCGGGCACAGCCUUACUGCUCAUUGCUACUUCUUUAACGUCUGGACUAAGAGGCUCAUCGAGCUGGUUAUGCUUCAAGCUUACCCCCUGAGAUCCCUCCUCGGGAGAAACACACUGGAGAGAUGCCCUGACUUCCUGAUUCCGUUUUUUUUGGCCCCAGUGCAGUGUGAGCAGCUCUUUUCCAUAUCAAAGGACUCAAAGAGAACAAAGAACUGUCUGGGAGAUUGAUUCCUCAGCUACAAAGUCUAAAGAUACUGUCCAAGGUGCUGACUGCAUUGUGGACUUGGAAUUCUGGGGCUGGACAGGACCCAGAAGACCAUAGUCCAAGGCAGGGACUCCCAAGCCCCUGGAACCACUGAACUGAACUGGGAUGUAUUUUCUGAGGCAUGCCCAGGCUCAAAUCACAUUGGACACCCACCGUGGACCUUUCUCCCACCAUCCAGGAUGCCAGAAAGUGGAUUCGGGCAAGCCUGUCCCUGGCACGUAGACAAUAAUUAACAAAAAAGACAUUAUUGCACUGAGGACCACAAACACCUACAGCAGUCAGCCAGAGCUUCCCAAUUAGCCCCUCCCUGUCCCCAUUGAGCCUAGUAUGCAGCUAGGAAUAGAGGUGCUGGGGUAGGAGCAGAUGCCUAACUUUGCACAGUGGGUAUAUACCUAUUGAUGCAAGGGGUGGUGAUGGUCAGGGCCAUGGCCAAGGACCCUGGGAGCUUGGAGACCUCAGUGGAUGCUGGAGUGGUCAGAAAAAACACUUGGGAAGAUGUGGGGGACAGAGGAAGGCCUUUCAGGAGGGGAUCAGGAUAAGUAGUAAGGAAAUGCUGUGUGAACUGGGAGUGGUUUUGAAAUAGGAGUGCCAGGGGCCACUAUCCCUUUGCCUGGAGCCUCAAUUCCUUCAGUAGUCUUUCUUGCCAAGUCAGAACAACAAGAUGAAGGCCCUGUCCCGAUCUAGGCUUAAUUACAUAGAUGAAAAUAGACUUUGUCAUCUCGUAUGACAGGGUCUCUGAUGUUUGCAUGUCACCAAGUUGGCAAAGAGCUGGGGCAGUGCAGAGCCUGGGGUUACUGGGCCUGGGAGGUCUUGUCCUGGCCACACCACUUCUUUGCUGUGUGACCUCGGACUAGACCUUCCCCUUUGAGCCUCGGCUGACUUGGUACAGCUGGGUCACCUACAAGGCCAUCCUCCAGUUAUCUCCUUGCCUUCCUCUUUCCCAGGGUGCUGGGGCUGUAGCUGGGCCAUCCGGGGGCAGGUCUUCUACUUCUGAGCAAGCAUAGGGGGUGGGACCUAUGGGAAUAUUUGGACCAAAUGGGAAAUAAGAACAUGCAGAGGGAUGGGAAUCUGCCUUGAAAAGAUAUAGUCCAGCUCCCCCCAGGGGAAACUGAGGCCCAGUUUGGGGAAGCCUAGAACAAUGCAGGGAAAUAGAACAGAUCCUUGGCUACCGCGUGUUUACUCCCCAACAUCCUACAAGGUGGUGGGAGAGAAGAG